CGGUGCAUUGUGGGUGUGCGCGGAGAAGUAAAAUGGCGGACUUGGCGAACGAAGAGAAGCCAGCCAUAGCUCCUCCAGUCUUUGUGUUUCAGAAGGACAAAGCCCAAAAGAGAUCCGCAGAUGGGUCGAGCGCGGAGGAUGGAGAUGAUUCGGAUCGAGAUGAUGGCGAGUACUGUCCCCCUGUUAAGAGAGAGAGGACCUCAUCUCUGACCCAGUUCCCCCCGUCACAUUCAGUUCCCAAGAAUAACAUCUUUAUGCCCUCAAGUUUAUGCCAGUCUCCAACUGGCAAUUCAGACUCUGAACCAGAAGAGAAGCCUGUCGGGUUUAGGUUGAAACCUCCAACCCUCAUUCAUGGCCAGGCCCCAAGCGCAGGUUGUUUUUCAGGCGUUCCAAGUCAAAAGCCUAAGGAACAUCAACGUAGUGUACUGAGACCAGCGGUUCUGCAGGCACCACCAGCAAAGACCCUCACAGAUUCCAUCAAGACCAACUCCAGCUGUGGAACAAACGGAGUGGGGAAGUUUGAUGAUGCAGCGUCAGAAAGUCGUUCCGUUUUCCAGAACAACACAGACAGCUCGGACAAGUCCCCGGUGAGAUACCAGAAGCGAGAAAAGGACGGUGAAGAAAAUGGAGGUGAAAGGAAAGAAGACAGCAGUCAGAAGGACGGUGGAGUGGACUCGACAUUUGUCUUUGGCCAGAAUAUCAAAGAGCGAGCAAAGUUGGAUGAAAACAACACAGUCAGCAACUCAAAGGACGGCACACAAGAUUCUGCGAGCACAAAUUAUUUCCUACAGUACAUGGGCACCCCUAGCACUAAAGCUGCCAACAGCUCAGAUAAAGGCUCCAAGUUUGUCUUUGGCCAGAACAUGUCUGAGAGAGUCCUGAGCCCACCUAAAGGAGGCGAGCCCCCAACAGAGAGCAGUAAAGAAACUUCAGCCCCGGUCUCUGAGCCCUCAUCACAAGAGGCCACGCCUGAAAAGAAUCACAGUGUGACCGAGUCUCUUGAAGAGUCUGCAGCCGCCUACACCAAAGCCACUGCCAAGAAGUGCAUUCUCGAGAAGGUGGAAGUCCGUACCGGGGAGGAAUCAGAGAGCAAUGUUUUACAGAUGCAGUGUAAGUUGUUUGUGUUUGACAAACCGGUUCAGUCGUGGGUCGAGCGAGGCCGCGGACUGCUCAGACUUAACGACAUGGCGUCCACCGACGACGGCACGUUACAGUCUAGAUUAGUCAUGCGAACACAGGGCAGUCUCCGAUUGAUUCUGAACACAAAGCUUUGGCCUCAGAUGCAGGUGGACAAAGCCAGUGAGAAAAGCGUUCGUAUCACAGCAAUGGAUACGGAGGACCAGGGUGUGAAAGUCUUCCUAAUAUCGGCGAGCUCUAAAGAUGCCGGUCAGCUGGCCGCAGCUCUGCAUCACCGAAUCCUGGGACUGCGGAGCCGCCUGGAACAAGAGCCCGAGAGCGUGCCCGCCCCAGCUGAACCCGAGAUACCCCAGUCAAGCGAUGAUGAUGAACCCGCUAACAAUAACAGCACCAAUAACAACACCGGUGCUGCAAACUCCAGCGUCAGCGGCAACUGUGAGAACAGCGAGACGGCAACAUCUGAGAGCACAUAGCACCCUGAUCCACCGCUUGACCGACAACUGCCCACCAGGAUUUUAGUGCAGGCAUCUUUGUGGACAGCCCAGACCUGCACUGCCCCUCAGACCGGUGCUGUGGACCCCAGGGGCGGAGUCUCUCUUACCCAAACUUCUGUAGUUAAUUUUCCCUUCUACAUUUAUUGUAAAUCUGGAAUUGAUUUUUUUUAUCAUUUGGUUUGUUUUUAGUUCUUGUUUUUCCUUUUGGACUGCAAAUAAACAAAUUAAAGACAACAAAAAAGGAAAAAAACACAGAGACUUCUCCAUGUAUGGCUUUGGACUUGGUUGCUCAUCAUAUUGAUGAGCGUGGGGCGUUUCUCCAUUUAAACAUGGCUCAUCAAGACUGCUGUUUCUACCGUGGGACCGUUUUGUACGCAUUCUCUAUGUCUCUCUCUCUUUCUCUCUUCGGCGGCUCUUGGCUUCAGAACACAUCAAGACUUGCAGGCUCUUGCAUCAUCACGCUAACUGGCCAAUCAGCUGGCCGGUAGCACCACAGUCGCCCGACCUCCGAUGUACCCCUGUGUUUAGUGUAGUCGUAACAUAUUCCCAAAAUUCAGUUAACUUCUGGCAGUCUCACCAUACAUCUGCUGGAUAUGCUCACUGGUUCUUAGGUUACAAGCUGAUAUACUUACUAGUCUGUUAGUUAGAUUUCUCAUCUGUUUAACGAAUAAAGGACUAAACCAGCACAAGGACUCGUGCUGUAGUGAAUCUGUUUCUAGAACUCUCGCCCCUUGUGUAAGAGAAAACUAUCCUUACCCCAGUGUCUCUUGAAACAUCAAAAUCGUUUGUGUAGCGUAAUUUAGGGGCAGAUAAUGUUUAUUCGUUUUUAGUUGGUUUGAUGAGAAUUUAACAGCAUCUCGAUCUUUGUUUUUAUUUUCCAUAUCCUGAGGGUUUGUAUUGUGUUGGCCUUUUUUAAAUAUUGGUUUACUAUAUUAACUUUUUAUCUAUUUCCAUGUCAUUGGAGACGAUAUGUUCGAAAUGAAGAUUAUUCUUCGUGUGUUGGAAGUUUUGAGUUAAUUUAGUCAGGAAAAGGACAAAAAACAUGUACCCUUGAAUGUUCUGUAAAUUUCUAUGCGUAUAUUAUCACUUACUAGCACACGGUGUCUCCAACCUCCUUUACAAAAUAAAUAGUAAUAUCAAAGUAAAAAAAAAGAAACAUUUGAAAUAAAUUUUUGUCUUAUGUCGAAA